ACUGCUCACAGUUUGCGCGAUCUGGAUCGGGGAGAUGGUGCUGCUCUACAUGCUCCCCUAUUCGAAGAAGUUAUCGAGUGGACGGAUCCAAUAAAUCUCGAAUUCGAUCUCGAAGUGUCCCAACGCGGACAGAAUAAUACAGAAAAGACGACUCAGGAGGAGCGUGAGCAAACAGCUUUGGGUGCACUAUACAUGUCGUCAGCGCAGAUACCUGACAGUCCUGGCGAGCCCACAACGAUAAUCAGUGAUGACGAGAUAGAUGUGGACAUGAAGACCAUGACGGUGGGGUCAGAGUGCGAUAAUUUCUUCUGGAGAGAAGCCAAUCUACCUCAGCCCAACGCCGCAUCUGUCGCCGAUCUCGUAGGUCAAUUAUCGGGAGGUUUUGAUUCGAUGAGUGCGCCCAGUAGUGUGGGUAUCCAAUCAUUUGGCUUUGAUCCCGCAAUGCUUUCAGGUCUAUGUCAGGCUGCAUUGAUACGCCCGGAAUUCAAAAAUCAAAAGAAGCCAAACACGCCGUUUUGUGACGUCGGAUGCUUUUCCAAUUCAUGCUAUUCUGGUACACGUGGGAGAUCAGGUUACAUGGUAUGUGGCGCACAAACGUUCCUCUGUUUCUAA